ACCCGGUCUCUCCAGAGCAGGAUGGCCCAGGAGCUCAGCGAGAAGGAGCUCUUAAAGAUGGAGGUGAAGCAGCUGAAGAAGGAAGUGAAGAACCCAAGAGCUCCGAUUUCUAAGACAGGAAGGGAAAUCAAGGAUUACGUGGAGGCUGAAGCAGGAAACGACCCUCUUCUCAAAGGCAUCCCUGAGGACAAGAAUCCCUUCAAGGAAAAAGGCGGUUGUGUGAUAAGCUGAUGGCGCUGGAGGCCCUCACCCUGAAUGCCUGCCCCUCCUCAGCCCCCUCCUUAUCCAGAACCAAGUAUCCUGGGACGCCCAGGGAACCAGUGGAUGUUCACCUUCUCUUAGUCACAGAAUGAGUAAAGAUGCCUGGCUGCAUGCAUCAUGAAUCCCUUCCCCAGUCCUGCUUUGAACUCUUCUCUCCCAUUACCACCUGCUAGGUCACUGCUGACCCCAC